CUCCACCCCUUUCUACUAUUCUAGAGAACUCGGCACUGAGCUACACUGUUGAUCAGUAACGGAAUCCUUUCUUGGCUGCUUUAUUUCUCCACUUUAAUAUAAGUCUUUCAAGCAUUGAGAUCCGGUAAUGGCCAGGAAUAUUAUUUCCUUAAUCAAUCCUUGUUUAUGUGGAUUGAACUGGUAUAGCAUUAGAAUAGAGGCUAAUUAAUUAAGUAGGCUAGUAGGCUAUAUAUCCCAAACUUGACUCGCAAUUCAAAGAAUGUUCGAUUCUUUUCGUUCUCCCGAAUUUUUCCUUUUCUUCAUCAUCAAUUUCAUCAACUCCUCCCAAGUCCCACCCAUCCAUCUCCCCCGCCGGGUCGCGCGCAAACCAUUUCAGAUCCCUCCGUGUCAGGCGCCCCCAUGUCACCAAACUCCUCUCCCCACCCCCAACACCAUGAGAACAAUCCCUAUUUCCAGCAGCAACCACAACAUGACCCUAAUUACUACCCGAUGCACGGACUGAAGGUCCCGCAACCUCGUAGAACCAAGCCCAUUACAUGGUUCACAGCAAUCUUCUGUGCAAUCUUGUGGAUGAUCAUCAUACUGGGUGGCCUAAUGGUCCUCAUAGUCUACCUUGUCUACAGGCCUCGGAGUCCCCGGUUCGACAUAUCGAGCGCAACACUGAAUGCCGCCUACAUCGACAUGGGAUAUCUCCUGAAUGCCGACCUCACCAUCCUCGCAAACUUCACCAACCCAAACAGGAAGAUCGACGUGGACUUCCAUUACAUGGUCAUUGAUCUCUACUAUGGGGAAACCCAGAUUGCCACCCAAGCCAUCGACCCCUUCUCCGCAACGAGGGCAGAGUCGAAGCUGCUGGAUGUUCAUAUGGUGUCUAGCCAGGUUCGGCUCCCGUCGGGUGACAGUGGACAACUUAAGCAACAGAUGGAAGAGAAUAGGGUCGUACUGGACGUCCGAGGGUUGUUCAGAACGCGUUCUAAUUUCGGUACUAUAUUUCAUUAUUCAUAUUGGUUGUAUAGUCGAUGUACUAUUGUGCUCAACGGCCCCCCCACUGGGAUCUUGCAGUCCCACAGAUGCAGAACAAAGCGUUAGCAAUUAAGCAACAAAAUGUCGUAUCUAAAAUGUAAAAUUAGAAUGACAGAUGAAUUUUUUUGUGGAAAGCCCAGUAUGCCUCCCUCUUCCUACGCUGAAACUUAC